AUGCUGGGGGAAUAUUUUUCAAGCCCUUCGCAAUAGUCACCAGAUUUCCUCUUCGGCAAAAUCUCCAAAAGACCUUCUAAAAGCUGAGAUGGGGCUCUGUCAGCAUGCCGUAGUCCACAUCCAUUUCCUCUUGCUUGUUCUGGCUGAAGGUACCACCAGAGUCUACUAUCUGGGAAUACGUGAGGUGGAAUGGGAUUACGCUCCAUUACGAAGGAAUGAAAUCACGGGACAAAGCAUUACAGACGACCUGGCAGCCUCUAAUUUCCUCCAGCCUGCCAAGAACAGAAUUGGCAGCAUUUACAAGAAGUCUGUCUAUAAGCAAUAUGUCGAUUCCACGUACACCACGGAAGUACCCAAGCCCACCUGGCUGGGAUUCCUCGGGCCCAUCAUCCAGGCUGAAGUGGGUGACACAAUCAGGGUACACCUGAAAAAUUUUGCCACUCGGCCAUUCACUGUCCACCCACACGGUGUCUUCUAUGAGAAGGACUCGGAAGGGUCCCAGUAUCCAGAUACGUCCUCACAGGAUCUCAAGAAGGAUGAUGCCAUCCUGCCGGGAGGGAACCACACCUACACUUGGACUGUUCCUGAGGAUCAUGGCCCAACUACUGAUGAUCCAGCCUGUCUGACCUGGAUCUACCAUUCUCACAUUGAUGCACCAAAAGAUAUUGCCACUGGCUUGAUUGGGCCGUUACUUAUAUGUAAAGAAGGAACUCUGAAAAGCAUUUCUCAAAGGCGCCAUGAUGUGGAUCUCGAUUUCUUUCUGAUGUUCAGUGUGAUUGAUGAGAACAAAAGCUGGCACCUGAGAGAAAACAUUGUGUCCUUCUGCAGAGAUCCAGAAUCCGUUGAUGAGGAAGACGAGGAAUUCAGGGAGAGCAACCAGAUGCAUGCUAUUAACGGCUAUGUGUUUGGUAACCUACCCAUGAUGACGAUGUGCGCUGGGGACCAUGUAUCCUGGCAUCUCUUUGGGAUGGGCAAUGAGAUUGAUGUCCACACUGCCUUCUUCCAUGGACAGACCCUGACCAUCCGAGGCCACAGGACCGAUGUGGCCAGCCUCUUCCCAGCCACGUUUGUCACAGCUGAAAUGAUCCCUCAUAACAUUGGGAAAUGGCUGCUGAGCUGCCAGGUCCACGACCAUCUGCUAGCAGGGAUGGAGGCUUUCUAUGAGGUCAGAAACUGUUCCUACCAAGACACAGAGCCGGAACUGAAAGGGAAGCUACGGAAAUAUUACAUCGCUGCAAAGGAAGUUCAGUGGAAUUAUGGACCCACGGGGUUUGACCAGAGCACGGGGCAAAACCUGCAGGAGCCACACAGCUUUUCAGAGCUGUUCUUUAAGAAGAGUUCCACUCGGAUUGGAGGAACCUACUGGAAGGCCAAAUUCGUGGAAUACACAGAUGGGACUUUUCGGGUGGAGAAAGAACGGCCAAAAGAAGAGAAGUACCUUGGCAUACUUGGACCUGUCAUCAAAGCAGAAGUGGGUGAUACCAUCCAGGUCACCUUUGCGAACAAAGCCUCCUGGCCUUUCAGCAUCCAGCCGCACGGCGUCUUUUAUAGAAAGGAGUGGGAGGGGACGCUCUACCAUGACGGCUUCUCCCGGAACGGAGCUCCUGUGAAGCCUCUUGGGAACUUCACGUACCGCUGGACAGUCCCGCAGCAUGUUGGGCCCACAGCUGCAGACCCUCCUUGCCUGACGUGGAUGUACUCCUCUGCAGUGGACCCCACCAGAGACACCAAUUCUGGCUUAGUGGGACCCUUGCUGAUCUGUCGGCCUGGAACCCUCAGUGAACAAAACAAGCAGAAAGACGUGGACAGAGAGUUUUAUCUUUUGUUUGGAGUAUUUGAUGAAAACCUUAGCUGGUAUCUGGAUGCAAAUCUGAAAUAUUUCUUGAGGAAAGAAGAGGCCUUUGAAGAUCAAGGCUUCAUGGAGUCCAACAGGAUGCAUGCCAUUAAUGGAUUCAUGUUCAGUAACUUGCCUGGCCUGGACAUUUGUAAAGGAGAAAGGGUUUCCUGGCACCUUUUGGGCCUGGGCACUGAAGCGGAUGUCCACGGAGCCGUCUUCCAAGGCAAUACUGUCUUGAUGGAUGGAAUGAGGCGAGACGCAGCCAGCCUGUUUCCUCACACGUUUGCCACAGCCCUCAUGCAGCCGGACAACGAAGGGACUUUUGAGGUAUACUGUCAGACUAGCAACCAUUACCAGUCUGGGAUGAGGGAACGUUACUCAGUUCAGCAGUGUGGGAAGAAGGAACCUUUUCUCCACAGGCGAUUUGAGAGAGUGAGGACAGUCUACAUCAUAGCCGAGGAGGUGGAUUGGGACUACGCCCCAGACCGCAGCUGGGAGCUGGAGAGGCACAAUGGCUCUGGUGAGGAAAGCUAUGGCAACAUAUUUCUCAGCCAUGGGAACGGACUCCUUGGUUCCAAGUACAAGAAAGCUGUUUACAGGGAAUACACUGAUGGGACCUUCAAGACCCCAAAGAACAGGACCAAUGGUGAAGAACACUUAGGCAUCUUAGGGCCUUUCAUUUGGGCAGAAGUGGGUGAUAUCCUCAACAUUGUGUUCAAGAACAAUGCUACACGGCCUUAUUCCAUCCAUGCCCAUGGAAUAGUGGAGAAGAGCGAGAGGGAGCUAGAAGCAGCAGCUCCUGGUGAAAUUGCAACAUAUCGCUGGGAUGUUCCUGAAAGAUCAGGUCCGGGACCAAACAAUUCUGCUUGUGUUUCUUGGGUGUAUUAUUCCAAAGUGGACCCAGUAAAGGAUCUAUUUAGUGGCCUCGUUGGGCCCCUGAAGGUUUGCCGUAAAGGGAUGCUGGAUGUUGACGGGAGAGUUAAAGGCGUCAGCAGAGAGUUUGCUCUCCUCUUCUUGGUUUUUGAUGAGAAUCAAUCCUGGUACCUGGAAGAGAAUGUGAAGAAUUAUGCUGGCCGGGCAGACGGGCCCCAUUUCCGCCAAGAGGAGAAGGAAUUUCUGGAAAGCAACAAAAUGCACGCUAUCAAUGGCAAGCUCUAUGCGAACCUGCCUGGGCUGACGAUGUACCAGGGAGACCAGGUGAAUUGGUACCUGCUGGGAAUGGGCCAGGAGGUGGACGUACACACCGUUCACUUUCAUGCGGAGACCUUCAUUUACCAAAGGGGCAAAAGCUACAGAGCCGAUGUUGUGGACCUCUUUCCUGGGACCUUUGAAAUGGUGGAAAUGUUGGUUGGCAAUCCCGGUACGUGGCUGCUGCAUUGCCAUGUGGCGGAUCACAUCCACGCCGGCAUGGAGACCCUUUUCACAGUCUUACCCAGGCCAGAUCCAGUGCUCAUGGAUGCAGAUUCCGAUGAAGAAAUUCCUCCUGACUCCAAGGACGACGCCCAUCAGAUCCUCGUGUUUGGCACAAAAGUGGCAGCGGAGAAAGUGGCGGCCACCCUGCUCCUUCUUACCAUCACGGGGAUCGUGCUACUCCUCGUUGCCUGUGCCCUUCUUGGGGUGAUAGUUUACCUCCAGAGGCAGAGGCGGCUGAGGCGCAACAGGCGGUCCAUACUGGAUGAAGGAUUCAAGCUCAUGUCAACAAAACAGCAAAGCAUAUAGAGGGGGACUUGGGGGGGGUGUCUUUAAAGCAAUAUACGCAGAACAUCAUAAAAUGACUUUUGAGACAAAAAAAUGGGGGAGUGAAUUUUCAAAACCACGGAAUACAUUGUCCUCUUAGAGAAACACAGUGAGAAAGGGAUCCCCAACAAGCACCCGAAGCUGUUCUCCCUCUUUCUCCUUCCUGAAGAUCUUCCGUUGCAGGCAAGACAGAGGUAGAGCUGGGCUCCUUGUCGCAGCGGGCAGAGAAGGGAGCGGCAGGGAGCUCCAGUUGUGACAUCCACACUUGUAACCCUUCUGGCAGGGAAUCAGUUGUCACCCAAGGUUCAAUCCAGCAUCCUGUCUGAUUCAGAGGCAUAGGUCUGCCGCAACCCCACAGUAGUGUAACAUUCAAAAAGGCAAGUUCAAAUCCCUGUUCAAUCGCAGCGGGUUACUGGGCCCCCUCUCCACCCAACCUUCUGCACAAGGUUGUCGCAAGGCUAGAAUGAGCUGUGACUACACUGUGUCCGGCCUGGCCUGGCUUCUCUGGGAUAUCUGAAUGAAUGAAAGCUGCUUUGAAAGGCCACACAUGAGAAUCUCUGUUUCAUCUUGGCCUAUUGACAUCAGGGACAUGAAGUUCAGUGACCGGCACCUUGUCAAUAAGCUCUCAUUUUCUGCAUGCAGGAGAAACAGUUUUUGUAAGUCACCACUGACUUGCAGGUUUUUUACUCAUUGUGAUCAAAAGACCAAACAAUAUGCAAGAUUGCUAUGCAGAGCAGAAAGGAAUGCAAGAUCCAGUCUAAUGAGUAAACGAUGCUAAAAUUAAGUUUGUGAUGACUCCCAAAAAUCUGUUAUUAAAUAUUUUACCAAGUAAUAUUACAAAAAUGCAUAGUGAUUAGUGAAUUGUUUAAGUACAUGGUGACGGUGGCAAGAAUAAUAUUUGCAGCAAAAUGGAAAGUAGAAUUGUGUCCAGAUCUGAAGGAAUGGAAGACUGACAGCUCAGUCCUAAUGCCCGAGGCAGCGUCAUCACUCGUGUGUCGAUGUAAAUGGGGCACUGCUCCAUGGCUCCCUAUGGACUUCUGCAGGAAAGUCCCACUGGGAUGUGUGAGAAGAUGUCCCGACGGGGAGUUGGGAGCGGCGGCAGCUACGGUCAAUGUCAGGGGAGCAAGCAAACAGACAGCAGUUUCUUGCUUUUCAACACAUAUUUUAUUAGAAUGGAAAAGGUGCAGAGGUUCUCUGGAAGUAUUUCCUGCUAAUGUGGCCGACCCGCAGGCUGCCUUGGUAAACUGCUCCCUGGGCAGGACCUGUCAGUGCUCCCUCACUCCUUACCGAGCUGGAACUUCAGAGUCAGAUAACCUGCAAGGAGACGUGGGUGGUUAUUUUUAGUUAGUCAGACAUUCUGGACUUUGCCCUUCUUCCCUUGAGCGAGUGCAAAGUUCUCCCAGUUUUCCUGCUAAGUCCCCCCAGUGGACUCAGGACCCUCCACCGUGAGUACCCACUCUCCCGCCUCGCGCAUAAAGUCCCCAUGGCAGAAAUCUGAUGGGCAGAGCCUCCAGCCGUGUGCUCACCUACCUGAGGUCAUGAACAGCACAGCCAGAGGUUUUGUAGGAUGCAUGGGCAGGUGAUUGGGUGUUGGGAGGGGGGCUCGCCCACCCCAGAAGCACACGUGGAUUGGCCCCCAUGGUAGUUUCCAUCCUAUGCUUCUUUGGACCACGGGGGCAGGGCUGAGCGCCGGGAGAGAGGCCCGAGUUUUCCCAUUCAAUGGGCGCCUAUGGGCUACGCCUCCUUUUUUGUGGCAUAACUUUCCACCACUGCAGGAGGCGUUCCCGGGCCUGGAGUGGUUUUGGAAGCAGACUAAUUUGUUGCCCUUCCGCCCUCCCCCCCCCCCCAAGCACUGGUGCAGGACCUUGCCCCGCAUUUACACCUCUGCCCAGUCACCAAGCUUGCCUGCCGGUGGCAAACCAUUGUCAUGUCUGCACCCAUCCAUGUCAUUUGUGUUUCUCUGCUCCAUUACAUUGAUCUCAUGCAUUGCUCAUAUGAUUGUGCUUUGUACUGUAGUCACAUAAUCAAGUACCAAUGUUAACCUGCUUGAAAACGAGAGCGCCUUCCUCCCAGAACAAGCAACUGUUAUCUCUGAAAGUACGCUCAGUGACCUUGCAGCUGUAGUGUAAUUCUUCACAGGGGAAAGAGGGAGUUCUGAUUCCGUGUAAUCUUCUGCCUUUCUCUGUCCAGACUAAGGUAUUAUGUUCUCAUGGAACUUUUUAGGAUUUUUGCACCUAAAUGCUAACUGCUGAAAGGCAUGGGGGAAAUAGUGCUCCUUAUAUCAAUAGUCAUUUAUUAUUACAGCAAAAGCUGACUGACUGACUUAUAUCAAUAGUGCAUAUGCGUGUAUACUCAUUCCUACCAACCUGUCUCAUCUAUGGAUGUACCCAUGAACUUAGUGGAUCUCUGAAUAACAACCUUUUCAACCAAUGCACUGGAGUGCUUGCUGUGAGGGGUUUGGGGAUCUAUCUGCCAUGGACUAC